AUGGAGAGCCUCGGAGGCAAUGCUGGCUACAGCGAUGCCAAUAAAGCAUUCCUACAGGCAUUUCUUGCCCGCAGCGUCCUAACCCUUGAGACGGCCAAACCCAUCAUUGCAGCAUGCUCGUCAUUUCAAGAGAAACGCGAAGUCCUGCCUCAAGAUGUCACGGUCGAAGACUUGAACGACUACAUCGCAGAAGCAAAUCGCAGACUAUCCCCUCUUGACCUCGAGAUCAGAAGUACCUUCCACCAGCAGACCCGCGAAAGAGUGUAUGCGCUGGUGAACGCUACGAGCGAUCCUCUCACUCAGCUCGCCACGACAUACACAGCCGACGAAAUUGUCUACGUGAAAAAGCUACUCGAUGCAAUGUUUGAUGGACAGAACAACAGGGGCAAAAGAGAAGCCAUGUGUAUAAGUGGCAUCGAUGCGAUUCAGGUUGGGCGCACCCCUCUCCGCCGCCAGGCGUCUGAAGAGAAUGAAAACGGGGCACAGUCAUCUGCUGGCAUGCUCGGUGCUAAGGAUGCUGAGAAUAUGCUGCACCGAAUGCAGAGCGAAGGGUGGCUAGAAAAGAGCCGGGCUGGGUUUUACAGCUUGAGUCCUCGUGCCUUGAUGGAACUCAAGGGCUGGCUGGUGGACACAUACAACGACGAAGACGAGGACGGCAAUAAGAAAGAGAAGAUCAAGUUCUGCCAUGCUUGCAAGGAGAUCAUCACGGUGAUGGCUGGGUCAAGCCUCACAAGGCUCUUUGGCCUGCUUCUCACUAUAUGCUUGUCCUCCUUCGCAUCUGCUCAAUCUGGCAAUGCAUCAACCAUAUACAAGACUCGAUUUGAGGGUGUUACCUGGGAUGCUGCGAACUGGGUGCUCACGACGACCGAGCUUGAUCAAGGACAUUAUCAAUCUCGGAUGGUUGUUGCAAACGGCUAUCAUGGGAUCAACGUGGCAGCUCUAGGUCCAUUCUUCGAAAUUGACACUCCCGUUGACGGUGAUAAUAUCAACGGCUGGCCCCUGUUUGGUCGACGACAAACCUUUGCCACAGUUGGGGGUUUCUGGGACUCCCAACCUACAACCAAUGGCUCCAACUUCCCCUGGCUGUAUCAGUAUGGCUGGGAUACGGCCAUCAGUGGCAUCCCCCACUGGAGCGGCAUUGUGGCAGAUUUGGGAGGCAACCAUUACUUGGCUGCUUCGACUGAUGAUUCGACCAUCAGCAAUUUCAGAUCUAGCCUCGACAUGAAGCGUGGUCUGAUGAACUGGGCUUUUACAUGGUCUCCAAAUGGUCAUGGGUCGUUCAACGUCUCCUACCAAAUGUUCGCACACAAGCUCAAUCUCAAUCAGGGCUUUGUUAUAAUGAACAUUACUGCAACCAAUGCCACCAACAUAACAAUAGCAAAUGUGCUCAACGGGGACUGUGCUGUCCGUACAACCCCUGGACAGAACGGCAUUGAUUCUGGGCUCAUUUUCACCUCUGUCCAGCCGAACGGUAUUCAUAACGUGACAGCAUUUGUAUAUGCUGGUAUGACCAGCACUGGCGCUACAAUACGCUCGGUUCAGCAAGCCACAUGGCAGCGGCCGUACGUCGGCAACAAUGAAUCCUCUGUGGCAUCUGCGUUGAAUGUCACCCUUCAAGCUGGACAGGUUGCCACGUUCACCAAAUUUGUCGGAAUCGCCUCGACUGAUGGGUUUUUGACCCCUCGUCCUGUUGCAAGAAAUGCCGCACUUGCCGCAAGAGAGGCUGGGUACGCUGCCUCAUUGCAGACUCACGCUGCGGAAUGGGCAGAACAGUUCCCUGUCUCGUCCGUCGACGAUUUCUCCUUUCCAGAGAACGGCACACUGCCAGACGACGAGUUUAUCCUCGAGGCAGCAAUUACAGCAGUGACAAAUCCCUACCAUCUUCUUCAGAACACUAUUUCACAAAAUUCGAUCACCGCGACGGCCAAUGCGACUAGUUCGUUCAAUAGCCACAGCAUCGCAGUAGGUGGUUUGGGCUCAGAUUCAUAUGCUGGGCAGAUCUUCUGGGACGCUGAGAUAUGGAUGCAACCUGGACUGGUAGCAGCCUUCCCAUCGGCGGCAAAGGGUAUCGCGAACUACCGCGUGGAGAGGUACCAGCAGGCGAAGCGAAAUAUUGGCACCGCAUUCGCCUCGUCCAAGAACGACACCAAAUUCAGCUCCAACUCAGCAAUAUUCCCCUGGACCAGUGGACGUUUUGGCAACUGUACAGCUACAGGACCUUGCUGGGACUACGAGUAUCAUCUGAACGGCGACAUUGGCUUAGAAUUCAUCAAUCUGUGGAUCUCAUCUGGUGACACGGCAAUGUUUGAGGAGUCUCUCUGGCCGAUCUACGACUCUGUUGCCACAAUGUACUCGGAAAUCCUUGAGCGCAACGGUUCUCACUGGUCUCUCCUGAAUAUGACUGACCCUGACGAGUACGCCAACCACGUCGACAAUGGAGGUUUCACCAUGGCUUUGAUCUCUACACAUCUCAACUAUGCCAAUCAAUUUCGCUCCAUGUUCAAUUCCACACCCAACGAAACUUGGACCACGAUGGCUCAAAACGUGCUGAUAGGUCGUGAUCAAGAUGCGGAUGUCACACUAGAAUACACUGGCAUGAACGGCACGACGGUGGUAAAACAGGCUGAUGUCAUUCUCAAUACUUAUCCGCUGUCCUUCACCGGGCAGAAUUACACCUCUGAGGACUCGCUCAAUGAUCUCGACUAUUAUGCCGCGCUGCAGUCCGUGGACGGCCCCGCCAUGACAUAUGCGAUCUUCUCUAUCAUCGCAAACCAGAUAUCUCCUUCUGGGUGUUCUUCUUAUACCUAUCAGCAAUACAGCUCGCAUCCCUACCUGAGGGGCCCGUGGUUCCAGCUCUCCGAACAAUUGGUCGACAACUGGAACGAGAAUGGCGGAACGCACCCUGCAUAUCCGUUCCUCACAGGCCACGGAGGAGCACUGCAAGUCGUCUUGUUCGGAUAUCUAGGAUUUCGCUUUGUUCCCGAUUUCAACCUGCACAUUGACCCCAGUCUACCGCCUCAGAUCCCGCAGAUCAGAUACCGCACCUUCCACUGGUAUGGCUGGCCGAUCUCGGCAUUUUCUAAUCAGACCCAUACCACCUUGACGCGAGACGGGAGCCUCGCCCCUGGUGAGGGCACUGUUCCGAACGCCACCUAUGCGACCGCUGCCAUUCCCGUCGUGGUUGGCCCUAUCGGCUCAGCACCCCUUGCCACCUACUCCCUGGCACCAAAUUCCAGCAUCACAGUCCCCAACAGACAGAUCGGCCUCAUCCCCACGACCGAGAACAAUGUCGCCCAGUGCCUCCCCGUCUCCUCCCCGGACGACUACCUGCCAGGCCAGUUCCCGCUUGCGGCAGUCGACGGCGCGACGAGUACAAAAUGGCAGCCCGUGUUCGCCAACAAGACCAGCUCCAUCACAGUGGCCAUCCCGGAGGGAUUCCAGGUGACAGGAAUGGUGUUGAACUGGGGCCAGAUCCCACCGUAUAAUUACUCGGUGUUGUUCCACAACCAGUCCCUUACGAACCCCUCAGCCGCGACCAUCAACUCGAGCAACGUCCUCGAAGUCGCGACAAACGAGCGAGUGCGCAUCUCCGACCCUUACAACGUGACGGCGCUGAACUCGAUCGAGGCCGUGCAGGACAAUAUCACCACAUUUGACAUCCCCGCGACCGCUGCCCCCGUGUUCACCGCGCGCUUUGCCACCCUGCGCAUCUGGGGCUCGCUGUACAACUCCAGCGUCAGCGCGACCAACAUGACCGGCGACGGCGCGACGGUCGCCGAAUGGAGCAUCCUCGUCGAGGGUCUCCAGAGUCCCAACGCCAGCGCCGCGGGAGGACCAAUUCGGAGAGAUUUGGGCGGCAAUCUCAAGGCCAGAGACGAUUUCGGUCGUCUGGACGCAGACUUGUUGAGGAAGCUGGGCCACGUCGCGAGAUAUAUGAAUGUGGAUGCGCGGAAGAGGCCCGCGAGGUGA